AUAAGGAAGAAGGGGUAUAUAUAGGGACAAUUCCCCUCUGCAUAUAGUCACUCCUUAAGUUCUUCAGUUGUUAACCUAAUAGGUACACAGCUCGCUCUUUAAAAUCACCUUAUCCGACUUCAGAAGAUUGUGAAGUGUGAACUCUGAGUCCUACGAUCAGAGAACUUAUUCUUUGAUGUUACUUUCAAACCAAGCCAAACCAAGCCAAACUAAGUUACUUCCCUUCUUCGGUACCAAUAGAAUUAGUAGAUCGUAACAUCGACUUGCAAGUUGGGCGUCUCUUUAGCUUAAAACCGGACCGACUCUCUUACGCACUCUAAGGGGACGGCCUCCUUUCCUCUAUUAUCUCCAUCGGCAAGCCUAGGCUAUUGUUGCACGUCUACUCCGCUCUCCGCAGCACCAUAAAGAUCCACUGUGCUCAGGCCACUCCCUCUCGCCGUCCCCGUCUCAUAUCACACGAGCUGAUACCUGCGUAACCAGCUAUCCGCCUCGCAGUCAGGUAGUACUCGACAGCUCUUCCUCAUUAUCACUCACCGUUGCCGCCACUUGCGCAGAUCGUAGGGACGCUGCCCUGCGUCCGUUACCACUUCGCAAUGCCUCGCACCCGGGACACACCUCAGUCCUUCGAGGAUCGGGAAUUCUUCCCCGCAUUCCGCGACUGCCCAGCGGAGCACGAAUGGGACGAUCGAUAUUUCAUAGAUUCAGUGCCAGGCAUAGGUGUUAACCGGAAGCAUUGGUGUCUACUCGGAGAAAUAAUCCAGGCAGACACCCGGAUCCGUCCUCGUAUCGUGGCCAAAGAUUACCGGGGCGAGGACUUUGUCGUAGCCCUCUACCCAGACGAUGAAGACGACACGCCCCGCCUGCUGAGGCAAUUCAAGGUCGGUAACACUAUUGCCAUCUUCUACGCCCUCACCCACGGGUUCCUCGAUGGCACCAUCGGCGUGAGAGUCGAGAGCACCGAUGAAUGCUUGAUCAUCCCCCUAAAUUUCAAGGAUGUCCUCAAGAUGAAUAGCGAGUUGAUCAAAUACACGCCCGCCAACGGCACUCUACGAAAGUGUCACGGCUGCGAGGCGGCCGAUGGGCAACUCAACAAGUGUGGGCAGUGCACAUUAUUCUUCUACUGCAAUAGGGAAUGCCAAACUAAGGCCUGGACGGAGAAGAACCACAAGAAGCAUUGCAAGGCACUCAAGGAUAAAAAUGUCCGCUUCAUGCACUUCCUGGACUAUGCAACUCAUGACGGCAACAUCUCUCUCUCCUGACACCUACCAACACAAAUGCUGAUUUGUGGGCGAGAUGGCCGUGCUUUCGGUGGCGAUGCAGACAAGAUCUAGUGCCUAUCAAAAGCCAUGAAGAUGGUAUUGUCCUGCGACUCCACACCUUCAGAAACUUCUCAUCUUACGGUAAAGAAGGGGUGUGUUGUGGUCUAGCCCUGGGAA